UGGGCGGGGUCUGUUUGAGCGGCCGCGAGGCGAGCGUCAGAUCCGCCGCGAGUGUAGAUGGGUGUGUGAGCCUCCGGUGCCCCGCGAACGGCUCCAGACAAACCCGGGGACGCGUUAAAGCACGUAUACGGCUGCCUCUCCGCCGGGAGAGGAGGAGCAGCAGCAGCGGGAGCUUUCGCUUCCUGGACAGCCUCUCAGCGCAGGGGAUCGAGCCGGGCCAUGGCGCGGGACUAUGAUUACCUCUUCAAGCUGCUCAUCAUCGGCGACAGCGGUGUUGGCAAAAGCAGUUUACUGCUGAGAUUUGCUGAUAACACAUUUUCAGGUAGCUAUAUCACCACCAUCGGUGUGGACUUCAAGAUUCGCACGGUGGAAAUCAACGGGGAGAAAGUCAAGCUGCAGAUUUGGGAUACAGCGGGACAGGAGCGCUUCCGGACGAUCACCUCCACGUACUAUAGAGGCACUCACGGUGUUAUAGUGGUUUAUGACGUCACCAGCGCCGAGUCGUUCGUGAACGUCAAGCGCUGGCUUCAUGAAAUCAAUCAAAACUGUGACGACGUUUGUCGAAUACUAGUGGGUAAUAAGAAUGACGAUCCCGCCUCUAAAGUGGUGGAGACCAAUGACGCGCAGAAGUUUGCCGAGCAGAUGGGCAUCCGGCUGUUUGAGACCAGCGCCAAGGAGAACGUCAACGUCGAGGACAUGUUCAACUGCAUCACGGAGCUGGUCCUGAAGGCCCGGAAAGAGUCUGUGGCCAAACAGCAGCAGCAGCAGCAGAGCGAAGUCAUCAAACUGAGCAAGAGCAGCAAACGCAAGAAGAAAUGCUGCUAAUGGACCGGACUCAUGCCCGCACACACACACACACACACACACACACACCCUUAGAGAGCCAAUCGACAAAACUCCACCGAACUGACAAGAGCCAGACAGCUUAACACACUUAAACCAACCCACGAGAGACUAGUAAUGAGAGAGAGAUCUCUAGAGAUGAACUAAUGAUGAGCCGGUUGGGACUUUGGGAGGACCAUGUUUUAGCAGGAUUGGAUUCCAGUGGCAUCGCGCUUCAUCGAGCUCUCCGUUGCCCCAGCAGAAGUUUUAAAAUAGAAAAUGAAGCGUUUGCAUCUUCGUCAUUGUCUGCGUUUCACGUGCGAGGCCAAAUGUGAGCGACUGCAGUGUUAACGCGACCAAUCGGGACCACGGAUGAGUCGGAAAACAUCAUGAAUUUUGCCAUAUUCUCAUGUCUGGCCGCUACGGACCAAAUGUGUGCUGCUCUGCCAACUACCAAGAGACACUUGUUUUGCCUUUUGCUUUCUCUUUUGUCUUUCAUUUUUGUAAAAUUGUAUUUUUUUACUAACAAAGUCUACAAUCAAACACACAGUAGCGUUUAGCGAAUCCGGUGCCAUUGACUGAAAGUUAUUCUAUUUACAAACGCUGGGAGGAAGCGCUGAAUCUCGCGUGUAACUGCGUUAAAGCGCGCCAAUAGUAGUGAAUGGGUGCCGUCGGAAUGAGAGCCCAAAACACAAUCCACUAGCCGAUCAAACUAAUCCAGCAUUAAGAUGAGCGUAACUAAAAGUUAAAUCAGGAGAGACAUCUACGUGUGGAUUUUCCUGACGGCACCCAUUCACUGCUGAGCGAGAUCUCGGAUGGCCUGAGGGUGAGCACAUUUACGGCACGUUUUUGUAUAAACUGUUCCUUUUAAAGGAAUAAUUUGCGCGAAAAACGCACACUUUGUCUCCGUUUGCUCGCCUUAAUUUCGCCCGGAUCACAAGCGGAAAGGCAGCGUGAACGUUCUGCUCAACGUCUCCUUUUGUGUUUCGCACAAGAAAGCCUGCGAAAGAGGCGUGGAAUGACCCGAAGGUGAGCAAACGACGACAGAAUGGGCAUUUGAACUGAAUUUGUGGUUCUCUCCUUCCGAGUUGAAAGAGACGUCAAACAAAAGCGACUUCUCUGCUGUAACCUGCUGUACGGGACUCCUCAGAUCUUCUGAACGCCAUCUAGUUCCUUUUCAGCAGGAAUAGCGAGACACCAGCGGCGUUUAUGCCUGAAAAUAUCUCCUCCUGGGUGUUGCUGGUGACGCUUUUGGACGCAAGCGCGUGAAUACAGCGACAGACGGUGGGAGUGAGCGAGGGGAUCUGCGACAAGCCCUUAUGAAACCACGGUUGUGCUAAUUUAUGUGUUCGUAUCAUUGAAGGUCUGCUCUACAUCCACGCAUGUCUGCAUGUGGACACUGACACGUGCGUGUGUGUGCCUCUGGUAGAGUGUGUAAGGAUCUGGUGUACACUGGAAACCGUCAACUAGUACUCAUACUCAUUGUUCCCGACACGAGCCUAACGAUAAUAAACAUUUUAAGAGAACAAAAUGCUCCUCUUUGCUCUUGGUCUUUACAAAUUAAAAUGCUUCUGUGUUUGACCACAAGGUGUCGCUGUGAUACAGCCUUAUUCCGCUUUCUGGGACACUUAUUUUUUAUUUGGAUCUACGUUUUGCUUUAAGAUAGUACUUGGCUCUGGUUUGUUUCUGGAUGAGUUUUAAUCCAGUUAGUGUUUAAAUGAAUGUUUUGAGACGAAUCAGAAGCACUCAUAUCAUCAGACUCUGAGUUGUGUUACAGUCAGGGCCUUCGUUUUACAAAAUGGGUGCUUUUUACACGUUUGCGUCCCUCAUGUAAAAUAAAUGAACACAAAGCA